AUGAGUUGGACUGCGGGAGUCCUGCGGACCAGCUGGAGUGCUGGCGCUGUAGGCGCGAAUUUCCUUUGCCCGGGGAUGGCUGUGUGUCCUCGCCGGGCGGCAGGCAUCCUGCUCAGAGGCGGCUGGCCCGUGGUCCCUGUUUCUAAGAUGGCGACUUUGAAGUGUGAACUCAUUAAGAAUUUUACUCCUGAGAAGGUCAGCCCUCACAGUAAGAUCUCCAUUGUGGGAACUGGAUCUGUUGGCAUGGCCUGCGCUAUCAGCAUACUAUUAAAAGGCUUGAGUGAUGAACUUGCACUUGUAGAUGCCAAUGAAGGCAAGCUGAAGGGUGAGACAAUGGAUCUUCAACAUGGCAGCCCUUUUGUGAAAAUGCCAAAUAUUGUUUCCAGUACAGAUUACCAUGUCACUGCAAAUUCCAACCUAGUGAUUAUCACAGCAGGUGCCCGCCAGGAAAAGGGAGAAACACGCCUUAAUUUGGUCCAGCGAAAUGUAUCCAUCUUUAAAUUAAUCAUUUCUAAUAUUAUCCAACAUAGUCCCCGCUGCAAACUGAUUGUUGUUUCCAAUCCAGUGGAUAUAUUAACUUAUGUGGCCUGGAAAUUGAGUGACUUUCCCAAAAACCGUGUUAUUGGAAGUGGUUGUAAUCUGGACACUGCCCGUUUUCGUUUCUUCAUUGGGCAAAGACUUGGCAUCCACCCUGAGAGCUGUCAUGGGUGGAUUCUUGGAGAGCAUGGUGACUCAAGCGUUCCUGUGUGGAGUGGAGUGAACAUUGCUGGUGUCUCUCUGAAGAAUCUGCACUCAGAUCUAGGAACUGAUAAAGAUUGUGAGCAAUGGAGAAAUGUCCACAAAGAAGUGAUUGCUAGUGCCUAUGAGAUUAUUAAAAGGAAAGGUUAUACAUCUUGGGCCAUUGGCCUAUCUGUAGCCGAUUUAGCAGAAACCAUUUUGAAGAAUCUUAGGAGAGUGCAUCCAGUUUCCACCAUAAUUAAGGACCUCUAUGGAAUAAAGGAAGAAGUAUUUCUCAGUGUUCCUUGUAUCCUGGGAGAGAAUGGCAUUACAGACAUUAUAAAUGUCGAUCUGAACCCUGCAGAGGAGGUCUGUUUAAAGAAGAGUGCAGAAACACUAUGGGAAAUUCAGAAGAACCUCAAGCUUUAA